AAUUAUAUCUUCCUUUAUCCAUGUUAACUGAACCACUAUUGUUUCCCUUUCUCAAUCAUUACACUUUGUUACUUCUCUGCUUUUAUUUUUAAUGCCAGAAUUUAAGUGCUCCGUAUGUCAUUGUUAUGUAAACAAGCAAACUCUUCAUCUUCUUCAACAUUUUGACAACGACUGUUAAGACUUAAGAGAGAGAACCACAGUAAAAAAAAAAAAAAUGCAAAGCUUCAGGGAAUUGUAUUGCCACCCUAGUGACCCAACUUAUUUCUUCAGGGGAGAGGAAAGUAUUACGCCCAACAUAGGUGAGCUUUACCACCAAGUUGUUUUCCACCAACAAGAUGCGGUUGAUUUAAGCCGAAGUGGUCUAAGAUCAAGCAACGUCGCCUUUCCUUCAAGUUUACCAUUUCAGGCUGUAAACCCGAAUAAUUAUUUGGGUCCAUCAGCAACGGCGGCGACGGUGGCAACAACGAGGGUGGUAGAGGCAGGGGAGCUUGUUGGAGAGAAGAGAACGGUGGGAGGCAGGGAGUUGGAGUAUUGGGGUGAGUCUGCAACCAUGGCAGACACCAGCCAACAGACUGAUACCUCCACAGAUGUUGACACCGAUGACAGAAAUCAGUGUCAAGUAAUUCAGAAUGGAGCAGUGGUCGACUCAACAGAUCAAUCCAAAGGAAAGACCGACGACCAAAAGACUCUUAGGAGACUAGCUCAGAAUCGAGAAGCUGCAAAAAAGAGUCGUUUGAGAAAGAAGGCAUAUGUUGAGCAACUAGAGAGCAGUCGGGUGAAGCUUGCACAGUUAGAACAACAGCUUGAAAGAGCUCGGCAGCAGGGUUUCAUGGUCACAGGAGUUGGAAAUGAGCCGGGCCACUCACUGGGAACUAAUGGAGUUGUGGCAUUUGAUGUACAUUAUGGGGUUUGGCUCGACCAGCAUCAAAGGCUAAUAAAUGACACAAGAUCAGCACUAAAGUCUCAUGUAUGUGAUGAUGAACUACUAGUUGUUGUUGACAGUUUAAUGUCACACUAUGAUGAAUUAUUCCGACUCAAAAGCAUAGGAGCAAAGUCCGAUAUAUUUCAUCUGCUGUCUGGCAUGUGGCAGACUCCAGCUGAAAGGUGUUUCAUGUGGCUUGGCGGAUUUCGUUCUUCAGAGUUGCUUAAGAUACUAGUGAACCACCUUCAACCUCUAACCGAGCAGCAAUUGAUGGGAGUAUGCAACUUACAGCAAUCCUCUCAACAAGCUGAGGAUGCUUUGUCUCAAGGAAUGGAAGCGUUGCAACAAUCUCUGGUUGAUACACUUUCUGCAAAUUGUCUCGGUCCUUGUAGCACCGGAAUCGUUGCUGAUUACAUGGGCCAAAUGGCGAUUGCAAUGGGCAAGCUUGCCACACUAGAGAACUUUGUUCACCAGGCUGAUCUUUUGCGGCAGCAGACUUUGCAACAAUUGCAUCGCAUUUUGACAACUCGUCAAGCAGCUCAAGCACUGCUUGUCAUCCACGAUUACACUGCGCGUCUUAGGGCACUUAGCUCCUUAUGGCUAGCCCGUCCCAAGAACUGCAAUGCUUAAACGUUGGCCGUUUUUGCAACUUCUUCUUUCAGGGUUACUGCUUGUGAACUGUUCAGAUCAAUCUCACCACACUAAUUUUUAGUGUGAUUCCUAAAAUACUAAUGUAGUACGGCUAAUGUAAGUGCUAACGAAAGGCAUGUCUUGUUAUAUACAAGUUUGUUGCAAGCCAAUGUGUAAAAUAUGACCAUGUCUUAAGGGGCUUUUUUCCUGGUUGUCUGUCCUCCUGAAACUAAUGUAACAUUAUUAGGUGUAAGCUAUGUUUUAUCCUCAAUUA